GGCAGAGAGCGGUCUUCUCGGAAGUGACGCACCCAGAAGCGGAUGAGCGGGAGCUCGGUAAGUGUUCUGUGUGCAGUAUUGCUGAGCACCUUCUCGUCAUGGGCCCGCGAGGCCGCCAGCGCCGGGCGGGAACGGUCCAGAGCACCAACGACAGCAGCUCCCUCAGCAAACGAUCGCUUGCCGCACACGGAUACGUGCGCGACCCCUUUGCGGCGCUGCUGGUCCCGGGACCCGUGCGGCGCACGCCGCUUAUCCACCGCGGCUAUUACGUGCGCGCGCGCGCCGUGCGUCACUGCGUGCGCGCCUUCCUCGAACUCACUAGCGCGCUCCCGUCCCGGACCAGAGCCCAGAUCCUGUCCUUGGGCUCAGGCUCCGACUCGCUUUAUUUUCGUCUGAAAGCGGCGGGCCUCCUGGCCCGAGCUGCCGUCUGGGAGGUGGACUUCCCGGACGUGUCUCGGCUCAAGGCGGAGAGGAUCGAGGAGACCCCGGAGCUGCGUGCGCAGACCGGUCCUUUCAAGAUCGGGGACUCGGCGUCAUCUCUGUGCUUCGAGAGCGCGGACUACCGCAUCCUGGGCGCGGACCUGCGGGAGCUCCAGCGAUUAGGAGAGGCCCUGGAUGGCGCCGGCCUGGACGCCACCUCUCCCACGCUGCUCCUGGCCGAGGCGGUGCUGACCUACUUGGAGCCCUCCAGUGCCACAGCCCUCAUUGCCUGGGCCGCCCAGCGUUUCCCCGACGCCCUUUUCGUGAUCUAUGAGCAGAUGCAGCCGGGGGAUGCCUUUGGGCAGAUCAUGCUGCAGCACUUUCAGCGGUUGCAUUCACCCUUGCAUGGCCUGGAGCUGUUUCCCGUCGUGAAGGCCCAGCGCCAGCGCUUCCUUCAAGCUGGCUGGACUGCCUGCAGCGCCCUGGACCUGAACGAGUUCUAUCGCCGCCUUCUCUCGGCAGAAGAGCGCCAGCGGGUUGAGACGCUUGAACCCUUUGAUGAAUAUGAGGAGUGGCAUCUGAAGUGUUCACAUUAUUUCAUCCUGGCAGCAUCUAGGGGAGACAUUCUGUCAGAAACUCCAGUGUUUGAGCCCUCAGAGGCUUCUUUUCAGAUAGAUCCUGCCUCGCCUUCAGGGUUUCUUUCUGCCAGAGUAGUCACUAGUGACCACCAGCACUCAAGCCUGAAGCGAUAUGGCCACGCCUCUGCCCUCUUGAGCCCUGGCGUUAUUUUCAGUGCAGGAGGCUUUGGAGAACAAGAGGGACGACACUGCCGAGUGAGCAGGUUUCACGUGCUCUCCAGAUCCUGUGACUCGGAAUGGGAAGGCUGCCAAAUAAGUACCUUGGGGACUGAAGGCCAGUGGGAUGGACGCCUUUAUCACACCAUGACAAGGCUUUCUGAUACUCGGGUUCUGGUUCUUGGAGGAAGACUCUCCCCAGUAAGUCCAGCCUCUGGGGCUCUCCAACUUGAUUUAUACAAAAGUAAGGAUAAUUGCUCUGAGGGCCAAAAUGUAACAGUAACGAAGGCUGCCUUGGAAGAAGGUUCAGUGUUGUCAUGUUGGCGGCAUUCAACAACGGAAGUAUACUAUCAGAAUCAAAGAUACUUAUUUGUGUAUGGUGGCCGAAGUGUGGCUGAACCUGUACUAAGUGACUGUCGUUUUCUACAUGUAGAGACAAUGGCUUGGGUCAGAAUCCCAGUACAAGGCGCAUCACCCGAAGGUCGGCAUUCCCAUAGCGCCUGCAGUUGGCAAGGGGGAGCACUUAUCGCUGGAGGUCUUGGGGCUUCUGAGGAACUGUUGAGCUCUGUACUCUUUCUCAAACCAGUGUCCUCUGGAUUCCUCUGGGAAUCAAUAGAUAUCCAGCCCUCCAUUACCCCAAGGUACUCUCACACGGCUCAUGUGUUUAAUGGAAAGCUGCUUCUGGUUGGAGGGGUCUGGAUUCAUUCCUCCUCAGUUCCUGGAGUGACUGUUAUCUGUUUGACUACAGGGUUGAGCUCUGAAUAUCAGAUUGACACAGCGUCUGUGCCAUGGCCAUUAAUGCUGCACAACCACAGCAGCGCCCUCCUUCCUGAAGAGCAGCAGCUCCUGCUUAUUGGAGGUGGAGGGAACUGCUUUUCCUUUGGUACUUAUUUCAACCCCCACACAGUGGCAUUAGACCUUUCUUCCUUACGUUCAGGGCAAUAAAGAAUGGACUUGAUAUAUUUAGGACCUAAGGGUGAAUUUGUUGUAUUGCCACACUCCCAACACACACACCUUUCUUCCUUACCACACCAUUGAGCAGAGACCAUAAAAAUGAUGAUUAAAAUACAGACCAGCAGUAAGUAUAAAAAUAAAGCAUCAAAAGAGUGGCAUACAUCCUAGGGGCCUCAGCAUCAUGUGAAGAGUUUUCUGGGGUUCUAUCAGUUUUCCAGUCUCAGCUCUAACAAGGAACCAGCACAACUCCUAGGUCUGAGGACCUAUUAUUUAUUGAGUCACAACAACCUUUAGCCUAAGUAAAAAAAACAAAAACGAAAAACAUUCCCAAACCUGGGUCUGUGACCUAGAUUAUAUUUUGGAAAAAGUUUCACACAGGUCAUGGUAAAAAUCCACAGCUGAGUAUAGUUCAGGAAUGUAGUGUUGACCUGUUGGCUAUGGGCAAACAGUCUAAAAUGAACACUGCAGUUUAAAGACUCGUGCUUUUAGUUUGAACACUGAACUUUAACAGUGAGAAAAAGUACAACUUAGAUAUUAUGCUUUUGAUCACUUUUUUGCUAAUGUUUUAUAUUUAUCUAGCUUUAUAAGUGCUAAUAAACCAGACAUUUAAUGCCUUAAUUUUGUACCUUCUAUAAUGAAUAAUGUUUGUUCCUGUCAGCCGGACACUGUUCUAAACCCCCAAGCAGCUUAGAUAGGCAGCAUCAGUCCACAAGUCAGAUAAGUACUGUACUAUGCUAAACUAUACUAUAUACAAGUACUAUAAGAAGGGGAUGUGUGUUGGGGGGGGCUGGGGAGCAGGAAGUGAGCCACAGUAGUUGUGCUUUUCCUCUGUCAGUCUACAGGUUGAUAUUGUGCAUUCUACCAAAGCCAUAGGCGCUGGCAUGUAACCUAUGUGGUAAGAUAGAACACUAAUACUACAUUGCUGCAUUGCUUAAGGUUUUAGGAGUUGUUCCUUUUCCUUGCCCUCUUAAGAGUUGUGCUGGCUCCUUGUUAGAGCUGAGCUGCAUUACGCAAUAUACUUUUAAUUACUUUUCUUGCUUUACUGUGAAGAAAUAACAUGACCGGGCUGGUGAGAUGGCUCAGUGGGUAAGAGCACCCGACUGCUCUUCUGAAGGUCCAGAGUUCAAAUCCCAGCAACCACAUGGUGGCUCACAACCAUCCCUAACAAGAUCUGGCGCCCUCUUCUGGAGUGUCUGAAGACAGCUACAGUGUACUUACAUAUAAUAAAUAAAUAAAUCU